AUGGAAGAUCUCCAAGGUCACAACAAUUACAAUCACACAUUCCCCACCGAUUUAACCGAAAUCGGCACCUCCCUCUCCCAGCUCAUACUAAUGGGCGGCGCCGGUUCCAACACUCUCGAUUCUGUCUUCUCCUUCUGCAGUCACAACCCAUCACCGCCGGCCAAAACAGAGCCUCUCGGCUCCUCCGUCUACCUCCACCAGCGAGACCUCCUCCGAAAAUUCAGCGAGCAGAACAGACCCAUCACCGAUUCCACCUUCGGCUCAACUAAUUACUCGCUCCAGAGCUUGUCUCCAUUACAGAGGAGCAGCCCUGCGUUCGCUCCGGCGACGGCGAAGAAGCUGUACAGAGGUGUGAGGCAGAGGCACUGGGGGAAAUGGGUCGCCGAGAUUCGGCUCCCGCAGAACAGGAUGCGAGUCUGGCUUGGCACCUACGAGACCCCUGAAGCCGCCGCCUACGCUUACGAUCGCGCCGCUUACAAGCUCAGGGGAGAGUACGCGCGAUUGAAUUUCCCCAAUGUCGACGACCCAAUCAAAUUGGGGCUGAUCGACGCGGAGAAAUUGAAUUCGCUCAGGACGGCCGUGGAUGCCAAGAUUCAGGCGAUAUGUCAGAAAUUGAAACGGGAGCGGGCGAAGAAGAUCGCCGCGAAGAAACCCAAUUCGAAUAGCAGCAGCAGUGGACCGAAGGUGGAGGCGAAAUCGCUGUCUCCGUCGCCCUCGCCCUCGCCGUCGUCUUCUUCGUCGACUACGUCGACGGUGGGAACGGAGUGGACGGUAAAGGCCCUGGAGGAAGAGAUGGCGAUGGACGGUGGUGGGUGUUCGCUGGCGAGAAUGCCGUCUUACGAUCUGGAGUUGAUAUGGGAGGUUCUUGCUAACUGA